UUGUUGUGACGUACAUUUGAUGUGUCGUAGUAGUUCUGUGUCAACAUGGCUGCUCGCGCUGGAGAAAAGCGUGGUCUGAAGCAUUUAGAUGAAUAUGAACCAAAACCGGCAAAACACCUAAAAAGUCUGCACGAUCAGAUGACGGAAAAGCGUCUUGUUGUUGUUUUAGAAGGAGCGACACUUGAAACCGUAAAGGUUGGAAAGACAUUUGAGUUGUUGAACUGUGAUCAGCAUAAGAGUAUGAUUCUGAAGAGUGGAAGAGACCCAGGGAAGAUUCGUCCUGAUAUCACACAUCAGUGCCUGCUGAUGUUACUGGACAGUCCUUUGAAUAGAGCUGGACUGCUGCAAGUGUACAUUCACACAGAGAAGAAUGUUUUGAUUGAGAUCAACCCACAGACAAGAAUUCCUCGCACC